AUGGAAGCCACACUGAUCUCAACGUCUCCACUCAGGUUCCAUCCAUUGAUGAUAAAGCCGCAAAGGAUCGUCACCGGAGCCAAGAGAAGAAGACAAACCACCGUGUGUGACUACUACUACAGCGGAGGAAGAGUGGUGGAUGAAAACAUGGUGGUCCUUAGAAAACGGAUUCACGAGAUGAAGAUGGUUGAGCGCAACUAUGAACCUCCUUCCCACUGGAUGCAUUGGGAAAAACGUUUCUAUUGCAACUACGACGCUACUAUAUGCGACGCUCUCUCUAUUGUACAAACUUUUCUCAUGAACUCUCGUCCUAGCGUUGCGUUUGGAACGCUGCUUCUUCUCCUCGUGAGUGUUCCCGUAUCCACCGCUGUCUUUGCGUUUCACAUCCUCGACAUUGCUCUUUGGCUUCUUGAUGCCAUUCAAGUAUAG